AUGGCGUAUUCCGUGCGUCAGAUGUACCCAUAUAUAGUUCCCGUGUAUCGCCUAACCAAAUACAGUACUAGAUUAGAUCCCCUAGCGCCUCAAGCCCACACUCGGCUCAUCUGGCUGAAUAUCCUCCCAGACUUCAGUAUCAAUUUACCCAUUACUAACCAUCAAUUGAAUUCGUUCCUCAUCUACAGAUUCUUUAUCUCCAUCUCCUUCUGUUUCUACAAAUUGAUUCAACGCCCGAACCCGUACCGUCUUAGCCAUACCAAUGCGAUCAUUUCUUCCAUUGAUCCAUACUAUCCAAAUAACAUGAAGAAUAGCGAGCGCGACAUGAGCGAGAAGAACACUAAUGGCGAGUCAAGGCGAAUGGAGCUCUCUCUCGCUGCUCAGACCAGACCAGACUUUACGCUUCCGCUCAUUCUACACAGUUUUGGUUCUCGCUACCUAAUUGACCACUCGCAAUUCCAUAUGCCCUCUAUCCAUUUGCUCUCUGAUUAA